UAUGCCAAGAGACUGUGGCGGUUUUUAAAGAAUAUAAUAUCAGCCGUCACUUUGCCACAAAACAUGCCGACUAUGCUAGUGACCAGUCAACGAAAGAACGGGAAGCUAAUGCUCAGAGGUUGGCAGCUAAUUUACGGGCUCAACAAAAUUUUUUUCACCGUCAAACUGCCAUUCAUGACUCAAGUACCAAGGCGAGUUUUAUGCUGUCAUUCAAAUUAGCAAAGGCCAGCAAGCCUCUGUCUGAAGGCGAGUUUUUAAAAGAAUGUAUGGUGGAGACAGCAGGUGUAUUGUGUCCAGAGAGCAAAGACAAAUUUGAAAAAAUCAGUUUAUCACGCAGGACAGUGACUCGCCGUGUGGAACUGAUAGAUGAAGAUAUAACCAGCGACUUAAAUAAAAAGGCAGAGUCGUUCACAUUAUAUUCAUUAGCACUGGAUGAAAGCAACGAUGUAAAAGACACUGCUCAGCUCCUCAUUUUUAUCCAAGGAAUUAACAAUACUUUUGAAAUAACGGAGGAGUUUUUGACAAUGGAGUCUCUGAAAGGAAAAACACGGGGAGAGGACUUGUUUGACCGGGUGUCUGCUGUCAUCGAAAAUAUGAAGCUCCCUUGGAGUAAACUUAUCAACGUCACCACAGAUGGAUCUCCUAAUUUGAUGGGGAAAAAUGUCGGCCUGCUGAGGAGAAUACAGAAUAAAGUGAAAGAUGAAAAUCCUGACCAGGAUGUUAUUUUCCUUCACUGCAUCAUCCACCAGGAAUCUCUAUGUAAGUCGGUAUUACAGCUGAAUCAUGUUGUGAAUCCUGUCGUAAAACUUGUCAACUUUAUACGUGCAAGGGGACUUCAGCACCGUCAGUUCAUCACGUUCCUGGAGGAAACUGAUGCGGAUCACCAGGACCUACUUUAUCACUCCCGUGUCCGCUGGUUAAGUUUGGGCAAAGUGUUUCAACGAGUAUGGGAGCUCAAAGAGGAGAUCGGUGCAUUUUUGGAGUUACUGAGGAAGGCCGGCGAAUUUCUUGAGCUGAGCAACAAGAGCUGGCUUUGUGACUUUGCGUUUGCUGUGGAUAUAUUUUCACACAUGAAUGAACUGAACGUGAAGCUACAGGGGAAGGAUCAGUUUGUGCAUGACAUGUACACAAACGUGAAAGCCUUUAAAUCCAAGCUGGCUUUUUUCUCCAGGCAAAUUUUGAAUAAGUUAUUCACUCAUUUUCCCACUCUGGCCACGCUGGAAGAGGCCGGCACAAAUCUGAAAAAAUACUGCGAGUCACUGGAUGCGCUGCACAGAGAAUUCUGCCGUCGCUUUUCUGAUUUUGAAAAAAUUGACAAGUCACUUCAGUUGGUGGCCUGUCCCCUGUCACAAGAUCCUAAAACAGCACCAGAGGAGCUACAGCUGGAACUGAUCGACCUUCAGUCUGACCCCGUCUUAAAAGAGAAGUUCAACUCUCUUAAACUGAAUGACUUUUAUGCUUCACUUGGUAAAGAGGUGUUUCCAAACCUCCGGAGGACGGCACAGAAAAUGCUGGCGUUGUUCGGCUCGACCUAUUUGUGUGAACAGGUGUUCAGCGUCAUGAACAUCAACAAAGCCUGCCACAGAUCCAAGUUAACUGACCAACACCUCAGAUCCACCCUGAGAAUUGCCACAACAAAACUAAAUCCAGACUUUGAUGCGCUGGCUAAAAAGGGAGACCAACAACACUGUUCCCACUGAAAUUAAAAAUAAGUUUCUUCGUUGUGUUAUGUAAAAAAUGCAUUUGAAAAUAUUUUUUUCAAUAAGCCUUACAUGUUACAUGUCGUUUCUGUUAAGUGAUGGACAUGAGAAGUGUGCAGGUGCACGUACGUUCUCAAAAUAAAAAAAAUGCGCCUUGUGCUGGUCGUUGUUGAGUUUUGGCACAGGGGACAAUUGAAUAAGAAGGAGCAGGACAAGUAGACCUGCAUCUCCUACCGUUUUUGAAAUAAAGACAGUCAGGAGGAGAGUGAUGAUGAUAAUAUCUUAAAGGAUAACAGAAUUUUCAGUGCUUUAAAAUAAUAACUGUUACUAUUGAAGAAAGCUGUAUUUUAUUCAUUUAAUUUUCAGUGUUUUAAAAGUCAUUUCAAUAAAUAGCUAAAUACCAUGGGACUUCAAAGACAGAUAUUUUGUUGUAAUGCAUUUGUUCAUUUUCAAUUGAAAUUAAAGCACAUGUUUUCUACAUAUCCCAUGAUAUUUUAUUUUUCUCUUAAGAGGUGUAUUACCAAAACACUCUGUCCAUCUGCUCCUGGUCCGGCCCCCCUGUCAAAUUUUAUAACCCUUUGUGGCCCUCAAGUCAAAAAGUUUGCCCACCCCUGGGAUAGCUAGAAGGUGAAGGUGAUAGGUGAAGCCAGAUGGGUAGGAAAGGUAAAGGGCUGGAGGGGAAGGAACUUGAUAGGAAUGGACCAUUGGAGAAAGGGAAGAAGGAGGGGCACUGGGGGAGGUUGUAAGCAGGUGAGAAAAGGUAAAAGUCUGGAGGAAGAUGUAGAAGAAAAGGAAAGAGGGAGAGAAAAAAUGAUUCACUGGAAGGAGAAAUCAAUGCCAUCAGGUUGGAGGCUACCCAGUUGGAAUAUGAGGUGUUGCUCAUCCACCCUGGAGGUGGCCUCAUCGUGGCACAAGAGGAGGUUAUGGACCGACAUGUCAGAAUGGGAAUGUGAAUAGGAAUUAAAAUCCUUGGCCACUGGGAAUCUCUGCUUUUGGCGGAUGGAGUGGAGGUGCUCAACAAAGUGGUCCCCCAAUUUAUGAUGGGUCUCCGCAGUGUAGAGGAGGCCACAUUGGGAUCAUUUGAUACAAUAAACCACCCCAACAGAUCUGCAGGUAAAGUGUUCCCUCACUUGUAAAGACUGUUGGGGGUCCUGAAUGGAGGAGAGGGCAGAGGUGAAUGGGAAGGUGUAGCACUUCGGUUGAUUGCAGGGAUGAGUGGCAGGAGGGAGGUUAGUGGGGACAGUGAAUGGACAAGUGAACCAUGGAGGGAGCAAUCCCUACGGGCAGCAGAGAGUGGAACUGAGGUGAAGAUAUGUUUGGUGGUACAAUCCCUUUGGAGAAGUUGUGAAGAAUGAUGUGUUGGAUGCAGAGGCUCAUGGGGUGUUAGGAAAGGACAAGAGGAACCCUAUCCCUGUUAAGGUGGCAGGAAGAUGGGGUGAAUGUGGAUAUCUGGGAAAUGGAUGAGAUGCAGGUGAGGCAGAUUCAACAGUGAAGAAAGGGAAACCCUGUUGUUUCAAGGAGGACAUAUCAGAUGUCCUGGAAAGGGAAGUCUCAUCCUGGAAACUGAUGUGGUAGAGACAAAGAACUGAAAAAAGGGAAUACAUUUUUACAGGAGACAGGGUGGUAAGAGAUAUAGUCAAGCCACCUCAAGUCAUGGUUAUGAGGAGCAGAUACAAUGAAAAUCUGGCUUACAGCAUCCUCACUGACUCAUAUGUUCAGGUAACACACAGAGCAUAAAUUAUACAUAAACCAUUCCAGACCGUGAAAAAAAGCACUGUGCAAAACAAAUUGGUGUUUAGAUAUUUGGACAUUCAAGCCAAGGAAAUAACUAUUUUUGACUAACUAAUCUAUGCCAUUUGUAAUGAGAAAAAAAUCCAUUGUCUUUUUAUUGAAAUAUGUAAUAUUAAAAAUAAACUCAAAGUGGCUUUACCUUUUACAACAGCAGAGUGAUAAGGCACUCUGUCUACUGUACCCAUAACAGCUACCAAGAAUAUAAUUCUAUCAUUCCCAUUCUCCUUACCCCUAUAGCCUGCGAUCUCUCUCAAAUGUCAUUGACUCGUCUUUUUCCAUUUACCUACAUUGAGGGAUAAUUUAUAGUAGCCAAUUAAUCUACCAGCACAUUUUUGGGAAAAACCACUGCACUCAGCAGAAACCCAUACAGUCAUACAGAGGAGGGGCAAACUCCAUGAGGGGGCAACACAUGACUGUUCCUUGAGAAAUGAAACUGGGCAAGUGUCUGGCGUGUCAGUAGGGAAGCAGUUUUGGAAAAUUGACACACUUUUAUUAGAAUGGGGAAGAGGGCCAGGGAUUGACAAAUGGGAAAUUAUUAAAAAGGAAGUUCAAUCAGAUCUGGACAUACAUAAUGACUGGCUGGAGUUAGAAAAGAGUCUAAGGGUGCAGGAAAUAGGCCUGUCUAAUAGGCCCCAGAAAGUGAAGACACAUGGAGGUGAAGAAGGUUUCAGGUACACUUACCUUCAUCAGUAGGGGCAUUGGAUAGCAGGGUUGGGAUCGCAUAGUACAACUGUCAAAAAUGUUGGUGAGACUAUGCUUGGAGUUAUUGUGUACAGUACGGUCACCAUAUUGUAUGGAAGAUAUGAUUAAGGCAGAAAGGUGCAGAAAUGAUUCACAAGAAUGUUGCUGGGAUUGAGGGGGCUUGAGUUAUGAGGAGUGACUCGAUAGACAGGAUUGAAGGAAGUGAGGCGGUGACAUGAUGGAGGAUAAGAAAAUUAUAAGGGGUAGAUAGUUAACAGUCUUUUGCCAAGAGCAGGGAGUCUAAAAUUAGAGGACAAAGGUUUAAGCUGAGAGGGAAGAGAUAUCCUGAAGGGCAAUUGUUUUUUACACAUAGGUGGUUGAUGGUAAGGGACAAAAUUGGUCCUCUGGAAGAUCAGAAUGGUAAUCCAUGUGUGGAGCCAAAAGAGGUGGGGAAGAUCUUAAAUGCAUUUUUUGCAUUUGUAUUUACUCAGAGUCUAUAGAAGAGAGGCAAAAUGGCAUCAACUUUAUGGACUCAAUACAGAUUACAGAGGAGGAGGGGUUUGCUGUCCUGCGGCAAUUCAGGGUGGAUAAAUCCCCAAGGCCUGACAAGGUGUUCCCUCAGACCCUGUGAGAGGCAAGUGCAGACACUGCAGGCACUCUAACAGAUAUAUUUAAAUCAUCCUUAGUGACAGGUGAGGUACCAGAGGAUUGGAGGAUAGCCAAUGUUGUUCUGCUGUUUAAGAAAGGCUCUAAAAUUAAACCAGGAAAUUAUCGGCCGGAGAACCUGACAUCAGUAGUGAAAAAGUCAUUCAAAGGGUCUGGAUAUAUGAACACUAGGAUAGACAUGGACUGAUCAAGGAUUGUCAGCAUGGCUUUAUGUAUGGUGGGUCAUGUCUAAUUAAUCUUAUGGAAUUUUUCAAGGAAGUUGAUGAAGGCAAGGUUGUGGAUGUUGUCUACAUGGACUUUAGCAAGGCAUUUGACAAGUUCCCACAUGGGAGGCUGGUCAGGAAGGUUCAGCCACUCGGCAUUCAGGAUGAGGUAGUAAAUUGGAUUAGACAUUGGCUUUGUGGGAGAAGCCAGAGAGUGGUAGUAGAUGGCUGCCUCUCUGGGGGCCCAUGACUGGUAGAGUAUCAUGUGUAGUUUCGCUCAUCUACCUACAAGAAAAUCGUAAAUAAGUAUGAAAGAGUACAGAGAAAAUUUACAGAAAGAUGUUGCCCGGUCUAGAGGACCAGAGUUACGUGGAAAGAUUGGAUAGGUUAAGAUUUUAUCACAAGGAACACAGAAGAUUACAGAGAGAUUUGUUGGAGGUAUACAAAUUUAGGAGGGGUAUAGAGAUGUAUGUUAAAUACAAGCAGGCGUUUUCCACUGAGGUUGAAUGAGACUAUUACUAUAGGUCAUGGGUUACGGGUGAAAGGUGUCAAAUUUCAGGGAAACAUGAGGUGAAACCCCUUCACUCAGAGGGUUGUGAGAGUGUGGAACGAGCUUUCAGCACAAGUGGUGCAUGUGAGCUCAAUUUUAACGUUCAAGACAAGUUUGGAUAGGUAUGUGGACAGUUGGGCUGUGGUCCCGAUGCAGGUUGAUGGGAGUAGGCAGUUUAAAUGGUUCAGCAUGGACUAGAUGGGCCAAAGGGCCAGUUUCUGUGGUGUAGUUUUCUAUGACUCUAUCUACAUGUUAAUUGAGGUGGGUACACUUAUGAGGUUUAAAAGAUUUGGAGAAGUUUACAGAGACAGAGGCCAAAAUCAGGCUAAUGGUAGGCAUGGGUGAAUUGAGCCUGUUUCCAUACUCUCAUAACUCUGACUCCAAAAAUUAUCAUAUUUAGAACAGACAUCUAAAUGUUCAAAUGCAGAUCAGAAUGUUCCACUUUCCACUUUAAUUCUGAUAACUUUUUAUUGCAAAUGAGUUGUCUUGACAAUUCAAAACUUAAAUAAAGGUUUGAGAUCAAUUCUGAAAUACUGUUUUCCGACUUAACAUGAAUUCUUCAAUUCAAACUUUAAAGCACACAAUAAAUAUAGUUUCACAGGUAUAGUUGCCUUUGUAAUAAAUAAUGUAUAAAUAAUUUUCUGUUAAAAUGACACAAAAAUGUGCAAAAAUGACAGUAUAGUAAUGACAUAAAGUUAGCAUUUGUUGUUAUUCAGGUCACUACUGUAUCAUAACAGUGGUGAUUCUGUUACUUUGAUGACGAAAUUUUUGCCAAAUGUGUAAGAAUAUUGUGAUAAUGGUAGUUAAUUCAUCAGUUGAAGAAUAUGAUUAAAAUAUUGAGCAUUAAAUGCCUUCAAACCAUUUAUACAUGUGGAAUUUUUAAACCUUUGAAUUUUGUUGAUAAUUCAAAAUAUUUAACUAGGAGUGAUCCUAGAUAACUUUGAACUCUACGCUCUGAAUCGCACGUUUGUGAGUUUAAAUCCCAUGCAAGAGACUUGGGUGCAAAAAUCUAUACCGAUCAAGUUUGUACUACUGAAUAUAACACUCCCAGAUGAGAUAUUUAUAUACAUCCUGGUCUGCACAUCCGUGCAGAAAUAAAAGAUCCAAGGGCAUUACUAAUUUAAAGUCGAGUUUAUUGCUAGUGUGGGAGCCGAAUAUUCCCUCAUGGAGCACCGGGAAAGCAAAUGACUCGGAUUCAUUACACUGCAGUUGUGUAUGCAAAUAAUUUGUCCUCUUCACCUCAACAGCAACUAUUCUUAAAAAGUGUUUUAUUGUCUCCAGACCCCCUGAGAUAUUAAUGGUUUUACAAAAAUGCAAUUUUGCUUUCCUUCACCCUAAAUCAUUUAUUUAAUGCGCUGUUUCAUUGACAUUAUCCGAAAUCUUCUUGCAACAUAAGGCUUCUCAAAAAGUAUUGUGGGGAAAAAUAAACCGUAAUCGUAACAAAAUAUUUUUCGCAGGGUUUUAAGCUGUGCAGAGCUGGAGAAGAAAUUUCGCUGCGUCACCCCCUCCCCGGCGCUUCGAUGAAGGGCAGAGAAGGGUUUUUACCAAAGGUCGCCACGGACAUAAGUGGGAGUGCACGUGGGACACGGGCUUUUCCAGGUGGAGCGAGUCCGAGGGACGCGCACUGCAGCUCAGGCAGACUUUAUGUUUUACCGGCAAGGCGGUAGAAAGGGUUGUUACGUUCAGCUGCAAAGCUUUUCAGUAGGAAUUGAGUCUGUACGCAUACAUCAUGGCCUGCUUUGGUAUAAUUUGAAGCGUUAUUUCUGAAUGCGAGGCAUUACAGUUCUUAUCAGGUAUUUACACGCAAAAACUAUAUUCUGCCCCCUGAAUUCCCGUCGUUUCGCCUCAAGGGUAGCCCUUGCGACAGUAGGUUUUCGGGUAUGUGUGUUUUUGAGUUUUCAGCCCAUGUCUGCUAAACGCGAUUUAACAAACCAGGAGGUGGGACGUUACUUAAACAUUCUUAGUCGCCACUGCGGGACCAGCGGAUGCCACGACUGGCUAACAGGUGCUUUGAAUGGGUUGUUGGCGCCAUCAGUGAAACGUGUGGGAGGUGUUGCCUGUAAUGGGAAGAAAGCACGAAAGCAAUGUUUAAGCAACGGACACAAAGUGAUGGAAGAACUCAGUAGGUCAUACAGCAUCUAUGGGAGUGAAUAAACGGUCGACGUCUCGGGGCCCAGACCCUUCUUUAGGACCACCUCCAUUUUGGGCCCCAAACAGUCCCUUCUGGCGCGAAAACACUUCACCUGCGAAUCUGUUGGGGUCGACGCUCCCGAUGCGGUCUCGAUGUCGAGCACCUUCGCUCCAUACGCAGUAAAAAUUUAAAAAAAUAAAUAAUUCCCAUCCUCAUCCCCCUUACUAUAAUGUCGGCUCACGGAUGGCCCCCUCUUCUGCCACGAUGAAAACAUUCUCAGGGUGGAGGAGCAACACCUCGUAGUACGUCUAGGAAGCCUUCAACCUGAUGGCAUGAAAGAUUUCUUUCCAGUAUUUUUUCUUCCCCUUCUGUCUUUUUCCAGCCUCUUCAGCUGCCUGUCACCUAAAGCUCCUCCUUCCCUGACUCCUGUGGUUCACUCCCCUCGCCUACUAGAUUCUUUCCUCUCCAGCCCUUUACCUUUCCUGCACACCUGGUUUCAUCUAUUACCUUCUAGUUUGUCCUUGCCCUCUCCCUACUUUUUAUUCUAGUACCUUCCCCCUUUCCAGUUCUGAUGAAGCAUCUGGGCCUGAAAUAUCCACUUGUUAUUUUUUUCCAUAGGUGCUGCCUG